AUGAAACUUGAUAAAAAAAAGUAAUAGCCAUAGUAAAACCCAAAAAACAAUACAAAAAGUUCAAAAUAAUAAGUUAUUUAAAAACUCCCAGAUGAUAUGGUAUGAAUCAAAUUUGAAAUUAGGAAUCUGAAAUCAGAGAUUGUUUUAAUUUUUAUGAUCCUUAAAGAUCAGGUUAUAUUAAUCGAUAAAACUUAAGAUCAAUUCUAGGUAAUUUUGCUUUUAUCAAUAAAACUGUAAAAGAUAUAGAGGAGGAAAUUCAUGAUGUAGUUGAUGAGUAUAAUUUUAUUUUAUUUGAAUUAUAGGUAAAGAGAUAGUUUUUCAUUGAAGGAUGUUAUAAAUUUAAUUUAAAGAAGAUGGUUUGAAAAUAAAGGCAGAGAUGAAGAGAUAGAUGAAAUCUAUGAAUUAUUUGUUAAAAAGUAAAAUAAUUAUUUAUUAUGUAGAGAUCGUAAAAUUGGUUUGUCUGAAAUUAAAAAUGUCUUUGCUUAAUAUCUUGAUAUUUAAAUUAGUGAUUCAGAUAUACUUGAAUUUAUAUAAGAUGCAAGCAAGGGUAAAGAUGCUAUGACUAAAGAUGAUUUAGCAUCUAAAAUGAAUUAUAUUUGA